AUGGCGACGCUGAACAAGUACCAGGACGAGCUCAUCGAGCAUGCCAUGUCUGUCGGUGCUCUCAAAUUCGGGUCGUUUGUACUCAAAUCCGGCAGGACUUCUCCGUAUUUUUUCAACGCCGGCCUACUCGCUGACGGCUCCGUUCUGGACACGCUCUGCUCCGCCUACGCCGUAACCAUCGCUGACGCGCUCACCGCGCAACCAGGGCUGCCACCGUUCGACGUCAUUUUCGGGCCCGCAUACAAGGGCAUUCCCUUCGCUGCCGGUACCGCCCUCGUCCUGCACCGCGACCACAGAAUCGACGUCGGUUUCGCGUACGACCGCAAGGAGGCGAAGGACCACGGCGAGGGCGGCGUGAUGAUCGGCGCGCCCGUCAAGGGCAAGCGCGUGCUUGUCCUCGACGAUGUCGCUACUGCCGGCACGGCUAUCCGCGGCGCGAUCGCGACGGUAAAAAAGGAGGGUGGCGAGGUCGUGGGCGCCGUGCUCCUUCUGGAUCGCCAGGAGGUCGGACGCGGGGGAAAGAGCAUGAUCGAGGAAGUCGAGGGCAUCCUCGGCGGGCGGGGAAGCGUGCCGACUAUCCUCAAAAUGAAGGACCUGAUGGCGUGGCUGGAUAGGAAUGGCCGCACGCCGGAGCUGGAGAGCAUGAGGGAGUACUGGGAAAGGUAUGGUGCGAAGAACGCUGAGUAG